AUGGAACGUAUCGUUUAGUACUUCGCGUCAGUGAAGUUUUUUAAAUUUGUUUUUUGUGUAUUUAAUAGUCCGAUUGUUUUGUUAUGAAUUAUUUAAAUUGAAUUGUAAAAUAAUAUGGAGAAUGGUGUACAAAGGGCGCCCGAAGAUGUGAGGAAAAUCAUAAAGGCGGCUAAACUACACGAGUCCGAACUGACAGAGGUCACACAAAUAUUAAGGUUUCCUGAGGCCAGCAAAAGAAGUAAUAAUUUAAAACUGAUGCUGCUAGAUGAUUACCUACUGAAAGAGAUCGAAGCAGGCAACGAUAUGAUUUUUAAAGGUGACCCUGACGAAAAUGUCGUGCUAUGUACGAACAGUAGAACCUACGACGUAAAAGAAGCGGAGACUUCCAACAGCCUCCUACUCGUACCCGACCUGCUGUUCGCGGCGGCCACCGGCCUCGACGAGACCGUCGCGCACGACUCCAUGGACUCCGACACAUCGCUCGACAAGUCCAACGCCAGCCUCGACCGGUCGACGGAGUCCGACGACGGCCGCCCGCCGCGGCGGAUCGAACACAGGGACAUCCUCGACACCUUCUUCACCUACUACGAGCUCAAGCCGUGCAAGCCGCGCCUCGCCAAGCUCCGGAAACUCCUGGAGCCGUCCAGAUAUCGCGGCCCGGAGCUGGAGUACGCGGUCGACAAAACCAAGCUGCUCACCUACGAAGACCUCCUCGACAGGGUGCAGGCGUCGAGGGCGGAGCUGGCAGACGAGCUGGAGAAGAUCCAGGCCGUCCAGGUGGACGAGCACUACCGCCUGCUGGACUUCGACUACGAGUUCCGCGUGCUGUCCUACAUGCUGGACCUGAUAGAGGAGAACUCCUGGGCUCUGGACCGGAUAUCGCGGGAGGAGACGCUGGAGAGCCUCAAGGAUCUCAUCCCGAGGCCGAUUCUGGAGGCCAUGUUCAGGUUCUACACCGAGGAGUCCGUGCGGGAGGGCGCGGCGCAGUACUACCGGUACCGGGAGGGCAAGGUGUGCCGCUACCUGGCGCGGGUGCUGCUCAACAGCGCCGGCAAGUUUAACCUCGCCGAGUUCAUGCAGGCCUGGCGGGACUCCGUGCCCGAGGGGAUGGUUACCGAUGAGUCGCAGUUGUCGGGCGUGGCGCUGAUAGACAAGAGUAGCACGCCGCAGGUGAUCUGGGGCUUCGUGGAGGAGGACCUGCCGGAGGACAUAGGCGAGCGGUUCAAGGUGCUGUUCCAGACCAAGCCCAAGUGGACCGUCGACGAGAUCUCGCCCUACAUACAGUUGUACGCGACAGAGAAGCUCAACGUGAACGCGCUGCUGACGAAGCACGCGCGCGCCUCCACGCUAGAUGGCGUUAGAGUCUUCUCCGCCAAACAUAUGAAAUGAUAGAAAAACUUUUGUUUAUAUAAGAGUGUUUUAAGGUAAAUGAACAAUCCAAAAAAAGAAAAACUGAAUUAUAAAGUUAAAUAAGCCCACUUUAUGUA